UCUGUUUGCAGCUGUCGCGCUCGCGACCGGCACAUUUCGUAACCGCGUAACUAUGUUUCGAGUAUUUUUACUAUAAACGUAUCAAAACAUGUCAAACAUGGAUCUUAUGAGUGAACCGAGCAACGGGAGGGUGCUCACAGCGAGACACAUCAGUGGCAAAUCACUUCCCGAAGAGAAUUCCAUCAACGCAACGUUUAUAUGCAACAGUCAUGAUAUUCAACCGGAUUUUUUUACAUACUUAGCAGGUCUCCAGCCAUAUGCCUGGGUGAUCUGGAGCUGCGGUGGCAUGGCUGUCCUGGCGAUAUGCGUGAUGUACGUGGUCACACUACGAGCUGCGUUAAGGAUAUGGCGGGACAGCGCGCUCAGUGUGGCUAUUGUGCUGUCUGUUUAUCCUCUAGUAGCCGCUCUUGCCCUUCUAGUAACAAUACUGCCGCGGACGCGGAUACUGUGCGAGGCGAUCUCUCAGGAGAUCGUGAUGGUGGCACUCUACCACUUCUUUAACCUGGUCAUCGCGGAGUGCGGGGGGGUUAACCAGCUGAUAGCAAGAUCAGCUGGUGCUCAGCUAGAAACGAGAACUUUGCCAUGUUGCUGCUGGCCCUGCUGUAUACUACCCCGGCCGCAGGUUCACAAAAAGAGUUUGACAUGGAUGAGAUACUUGGUGCUGCAAGUGCCGAUCAUCCAGGGCAUACUGUUCUUCAUUGUGUUGGUGCUACGGGCAGAGGCUAUGGAAUUAUACUCAAGGAGUAUGGUGUACAUCCAACCGUUCGUUGCCGCCUCAAUUCUGUCAGGCGUGUGGGGCAUCAUAAUGUCGUUGAAGGCCGCAGAGUCAGUGGGUUUGAGUCCCCGCGCGAGAUUCCUGGUACUGCAGCUCGUACUCAUCAUCGUGAAACUGCAAUUUGGCAUCGCCAAGUCCUUACCUGGCAUGGUCUCCAUGCCUUGUAUAAUGGCGAUGAAUCCAUCAGUGUUUGUGAACUUGGUCCAAAAUAUAGUCACAAUUUUUGAGAUGCUGCUCCUAUCGCUGUGUGCCUGGAGACUGUACAAGAUACCCCCGACCAAGAAUGUAGAGAAGAUGAACAGGAUUGUCGUAGCAGUGCUAGAUGAUAGUGUGAGUUCCACGGAGAAAGAGAUAGCAGAUAAGAGUGAGGAGCGUUGACGACGUUCGAGAGAUUCUGUUCCUAUCGAAAUAUUUAUAAGCGGUAUUAGAUUUUUAACUUUAGCUAAGAAUUCAAAGGGUCCCAGUAUCAAAAUAUUUAAAAGCGGAAAUUAAUUUUUAACCAUAAUUAAAUGUAAGAAGAAAUUCUUCUUAGAUUUUUGGAGGCUGCUGUGGACGCUAAUGGUUGAUGAUCCCUUAUUAGUUAUUACUUUUGAAUACACUGGGAAAAAAUGGGCCCUUUUUUGGAUUUAAAAAAUAUGGAAAAUGUUUUUUUGUACCCAAGGCAACGAAUAUUAUGAUCGUACGAAUUGUGCUAAAGGGUAGAAGAAUGGAAGAAAAAUGUAGAGUCAGCUACAUUCGUUUCUUACACAUAUAAUAAUAUGUAUAAUGUAGGUACCAUCGAGGAAGU